AUGCGUCUCUCCAAAAAACUCCAUAACAGUUUCCUUGGAAAGAGCCUCAGUAUCUUAAGAGCGGCUUCUCGAGCUUCCUCGUCAUCUGAGGCGUACCAUGAUUCUACCAACACUUCAUCUUUGGAUCAUGUGUCGUACAAAUGGCUGAUACAUUGGGCUCAAAUAAUGCCGAAGGAAGUUUACUCUUUAACCAUUGGUCUAGGCAGAAUAGUGGGUGACACAGACUGCGAUGUUGUCUCUCCUUCAGACAUCCUUCUGCUCAUUUUUUCAUUGGCCACCCAUCAUGCAUCAUGCAGCCAUGAUGGUGAUGAUGAUGAUCAAAGGGUCUGUAAUUUCUUUGAAGGAAGUUGGGUGUUUGAUGAUUCUUAUCCAUUGUAUGAUGGUUCAAGUUGCCCAUUUAUUCAACCUUCUUGGAAUUGCCAGAAAAAUGGAAGGCCUGAUCAAACUUAUCUCAAAUAUAGAUGGAAUCCUACUUCUUGUCAUCUUCCUAGGUUUAAUGGGGUUGAGUUUCUAGAAAAAUUUCGAGGGAAGAAGAUGAUGUUUGUAGGUGAUUCAUUGAGCUCGAAUAUGUGGCAAUCAAUGGCUUGUAUGCUUCACUCAGCUGUACCAAAUUCAAAUUAUAAUUUAACCAACCAUGGUCGCCUAAUCUCUACACUCACAUUUCUUGAAUAUGAUUUUUCGGUGUCGCUAUCAAUAAAUGGGUUUUUGGUAGAUUUGUUGCGUACAAAGGAAGGCCGUGUGUUACAACUUGAUUCCUUGAGGGCAGCUAAUAUGUGGCGAGGAUACGACGUGUUGAUUUUCAAUAGUUAUCAUUGGUGGAACCAUAAUGGGCGAUUACAAACAUGGAAUUAUUUUGGAAUUGGGGACAAGUUGAUAAAAGAUAUGGAUCAUAUGGAAGCUUAUAAGAUUGCUUUGACUACUUGGUCUAAAUGGGUUGAUUCUAGUAUUGAUCUUUCAAAGACAAGUGUCUUUUAUCAAGGCAUUGCUUCCACCCAUUUCAAGGGAAGUGAUUGGAACGAUACAUCUGCAAAGAGUUGCGCAGGUCAAAUUGAGCCGAUAAAAGGUUCUAUCUAUCCGGGAACUCAUAAUCCAGGACAAGCUAUAGUGAAAGGGGUGCUAGACAAUAUGAAGAAUCCCGUCAAUUUUCUUGACAUCGAGUUGUUAACUCAGCUGAGGAAGGAUGGCCACCCGGGAAAAUAUGGUGCGAGAUUGGAUUGCAGCCAUUGGUGUUUAGCCGGAGUCCCCGAUACUUGGAACCAACUUCUUUAUGCAUCUUUGAUGAAAAAAUAAGAUAAAUUUAAUAUGUUUUUUC